UUUACCAUUAGUUUUCAAGUUGGUAGAGGCGAUGAUAAGCAAGUUAUGUCACGUUGAAAAAUCAUCACAUAACCACAUCCACGAAGCCACUGAAGAGAAAUCGACUGAAACUGAAACUCCCUAUGUCAACCGUGACAAGCUGCGUGACUUUUCUAGAACUUUCUUUGGUCACCCUGUGUUGAACAUGUGUUUUGUAUUGAAAUCGGAAGACAAGAAACAGGAUGAGAUCAAAAGUUUCACCUUAUCGGAAGUGGUGACCAGUCUCUCUCACAUCGCACGAAWCAUUCUUGACAAUGUUAAUGUCGAGGAGGACUUGGUACGACCGUAUYUAGACGUCAUAUGUAGCAACGCGGGAAUGGCGAUCUCCGCGGCAAUUGACAAUUCGCAGUCUCUACAGUUGCUUCAAGUAUUCAGGUCUUACUGUGACCAACAGAAUCGAUCACAAGUCAUCGCUUCCCUGCUAGCGCUUCCUAUGAACAAACUAAUCUCUCUCYACACUGCCAAAGGAYCAAAGGAGGCUACAGUCUUUUAUCAGACUUUGUUGGUAUUAUUGGACGGUUAUCACAAACCACACGUGACAUCCACAGCCAAUAACGAAUCGAAAAGUACCAAAAGAUCAACCAAUCAGGCUUCAGAUCUUAGUCACGUGAUUUCAACAGCUUACGAUGAUUCUGCAUUAUCAAAUGACAGCUUUGCGCGUUUGAUGGAACUAGCAAUGGUGAUUUCGUCGACUGAGCUCGAUAGAGUAAUCCAUAAGCUGAUUCAGUCGUCUCCGCGGCUGUUGAHUCUUGUCAAAUCAACUUUCUUAGACUAUUGCCUUGACAACGCCASCUAUGAACGUGUCUCCAUYGCAACUACCAUGAUAUCUGCAAGUGUUCCGCUACGAAAACAUUUUGAAAGACGCUGUUCAAAGAGUAAAGAUAAAACUUUUGUCUCUCUGAAGAUGGAACACCUUGUUGACUUCCUUCCUGUCAUGAAGUCUUAUGUGAAUUACGCUUUGAAUGUUCGAGACAACGUAAAGGAAAAUAAAGCAAUGGAUUUUAUUUGUAAAAAAUACUGGCCGUUUUUAUGGGGAUGGCUUCUGGAAAACGGAGAGCGAGAUUGCAGUGAGGCUGUCAACUGUGAUGUUUUGGAACUUUUGAUUCGUUGGAAGGAAAGUGAUACUAAUAGUCUUAGAGACAAGCUUAUGUCCCUCAUCAAUAUGGCUCCCGAGCAAGUAUUGGAUCUUUAUCAAAUAUCAGUCGUACAAACGAUACUUAGUUACCUACCAGAGAACAAUGACACCAGAUUGUUAGUUUGGAGUGCAUUAUCAGCUUGUAUGAACAGUGUAUCGAAAACCUUCAGCCGCGAAUCAGGUAGUGGCUCAACAGUUGAAAAGACUCUAGAGAAACUCGAUGAAUUCAUACUCACGAAUAAGGAYCUGUUAGUUAAAAGUGUSAAAGGUUCAGGAAUUGAAGCUGAUGUUUGGAUUUCCUUUGUUAAAAGCUGUUUAAAAUACAACUUUGGCUCCUUGACGACCUUUAAGUGCAUGUCAGCCUGUAUUAAYCUGCUGUACACAUCGARUCGUCGCAAGUCUCUWACAACAYCGUUUCCUCUGACCAUGGUUUAUGAGCUUGUUUUAACGCAUUCUAAAUUUUUGGAAGUGAUUAUGAAUGAGAACAAGAACUACAAUGAGCAGAAAGAAGCUGUGCUUGGUCUAGUUGUAACCAUCGCUGAAAUGACUCCAGAUUGCUGUCAGCAAACUCACCUGCCGGUUUUCUUCGCAGCCUAUUCGGCAACUCUAAGUAAAGGCGAUCAACAAAUAUUGUAUUUACUGCAUCUGUAUGAGAGAGCACAAGUGUCCUUGUCCUCGCAUAGGCCAUAUUUGUGGGGCAAGGCCGCGCUCGAACAACACAAAGUGAGAAAGAUGCAAGGGCCUUCUCUCUGGCAACAGCCAAGCACCAGUGAGGUGUUAGAAAUGCUUGAUGAAGCAGAGCUGCAUCGCUCCGCGCGGGAAUUCCAGCUUGACAGGAAACUACGGCCUCGUGUGCAGCCAGACGUCGACUGCUUGUCAUACGACCCUUGUUUCAUGUUACCACUUUUUUGCCAUCUUCUCUCUCCCAACACUGAAGUCGACUGCCGCAAGUUUGUUGAACGAGGGGGACUGGGGUAUAGUGUGGCUGCUUUGUCGUCACGAGAUGAUCACAUYCGCAAAGCUGCAGGUCACGUGCUGUCCAGGUUUCUCACUCACUUGGAAGCGGCAAGUUUUCGAGAAAAGAAACAGGUACUACUCCUACUCGUCUCCUUGAAAAAUGGCAUAAGUGACGUCAACUCACGUGUCUCCAGCGUGAUCACGAGGUUUAUAUCACGUGCUGUGCACGUGAUGCUGCGUCCAGAGCAUCAAAUGUACUUUAUAUUGAAUAGCUUUCUACUUCAGCGUGCUGCAAUGGAUCUCCGUGAGGUCCCUCUCUUUUACACACUAUUUAACUCGAGUAGUUUACAGUAUCGCAACGAAAGAGUCUGGAUUCUUGAGCUUAUGCUAGAAGGAUUGCGUGACGCUCAGGACUAUUACGUAUACAAGAAACGUCACGUCAUGGAGCUGGUCAUGAGCUUUCAUGAUUCGCAGAUGAGCGAUCCACAGUCACGGUCAUACAUUAUGGUUUACAAUUCAACAUGGGAAACCUAGCGCCUGCGAGACAGAUGUCAGCGGUGAAGAAGAAAACCUUGUACCCGUCCCWCCGAACCUCGCACAAGAAACGAUGCUUGUUUGCAAGACAUUCAUACYGUUUCUGAGCUGUGAGUUCACUCUUGAAGAUGUUACUUUGCUCUUUGAACUUCUGAGCUCGGUUCUAAACUACCUUGGCAAACAGUUAUCACAGGGUUCCCAACUUACUUCCGAAGAACUGCUAAGUUUGAUAACGCAAUGGUCCAGCGUAUUCCAAGAAGGGCAAGCUUUGACAUCGUUAAAGGACGAAGUUGGAUUAAACUUAGUUCAAAAGGAGUCAUUCUCUAGGAAUUGCAUUAGUGGAGAGAUGGCUGAUUGUAAAAUGAAAACACUUCAUCAACUGAUAGACAUAAUCARCCAAUCAGAGACCGUUCUGAACAAUACCGAGGAUUCAUCUCUUCUCAUCUUCAUACUUGCUAGUAAUUUUGCACUCGAUUUUAGUCCUUCAAAAGAUGACGUCACCUCUUUACGUCAUUGCCAAGUGGUCACGUGGUUCAGACGAUGUUUAGUCACCAGUACCUCUCUUCUAAAGGUUGUUAUGAGUCCAAAGGGUGAACAUGCUAUUCGUCGGUUUUUGAAUCUGUAUGGUUGUAUGGACGUUACAUUGYUACAGGAGCUGAACAAGCUGUUUUUGGUAUUGCUGUCACAUGUACAGCACGUGGAUCAUGACGUGUUGGGGUCUUCAGCCAAUGAGGUGGCUAGACUUCUAUCWGAGGAUGUGUACAGUGAAAUUAUGUCGUCUGGUUUUAAGGAAGUCAUAAAACCCCUCGUCCCCUCCAUUAACGACGUUACGGCCAAUGCUAGUGGCAACGUUGAAGUUUCCAUAACAGAGCUGAUAYCUGUAUUCCAACAAGAUUUGUGGUUUGGUCAAGKAGUACCAUCACGUUUCCUGGAAACUCUAGUUAAAAGCCGUAGUGACAUAGCUAUGAAGUUUUCAACUURAUUCCGCAAUGGAUCACAAACGUUACAACAACUCUUGCAGGUCUGACUAAUGGAGAAAGCCCCUGAAACUCACDCUGGCAACUUACUGGAAGCAUAGUGCCGUCUUUCGCUUUCUUAACGAAUAAUAAAGGAAUCAUUCAUGGAGAAUUAACGAAGGACAAAUGAACGUUAACGUCAACGAAAGAUAAACGAAGUAUGGACGCAGCAUUAACGAAGAGAUAACGAAGAAUAAACGAAUCAUUUACGGGAGGUUAACGAAGAACAAACGAACGUCAACGAAGGAUAAGCGAAGUAUUGACGCAUCAUUAACGAAGGAUAAGCGAAGUAUGGACGCAUCGUUAACGAAGAUGAGGAAGGAAGUUAAUCAAAGGAGAGUUUACAAAGCGCAGAGAGUUAACGUCGUUUAAGGAGAAAACCCAUAAAAACUUCAGGAAACGUGCGCGUUUGAACACGAGUCGUAUUACACAUGUAUUACAUGCACGUUGGUAUCGUAAAAUGUUUUUAAAAGAAGCAGCUCAUUCUACAGUAGAAGCGUAUGAGAGUCCGACAGUCUCAUUGCCAUCAAAUUACGGAAGUAUUGCUGUGUUUAAUGAUUCCAUUGAUGUAACGCAGGCGUUACAGAGAGUGAGAAAAGCGACAGCUACAUGUACGGCAGUAACUAUGAAAACAAACGAAGAACCAACAAAGAAUCUUGUCAGUAAAAAAAACUAAAUAAAAAUACAUUGAAAAUA